AGCACGGCAGGGCCUGAUCCCCAACCAUCCCCGUUCGUAAGCCGAUAAGGAUGUGUUUUGCAGAUGCUGGUUUACACCGAAGAUGGACACAAAAUACCGGAGUAACUGGGUCUCGACCCAUUCCUUCUCCACAGAUCCUGCUUGUCCCACUCAGUUACUCCAGCUUUUGUUUCUAUCUAGCUGAUGGGGAUCAGUUUGAUUUAUAAGAAAGACCCCGUGGUUGUGUUAAAUGGACUGGUUCAUAGUUAGAGUCCUGAACAACUAUCUACCUCAUUGGUGACCCUCGGUCUCAGCGGAUCAGGCAACAUCUAUGGAGAGAAGGAAUAGGUGACAUUCCGGGUCGAGACCCUGCUUCAGACUCCAGUACACUAGUCAUAUGUCCUUCUUCAGACAGUCAGGGGAAAUGGCAACGCGAGAUAUGGAUAAUGAUAAAGAGAAAUAUAGAACAGAUGAAUGAAAGAAAUGCAGACAAACUUAACGAUGAUCAAGGAAAUGUGGUACGUUGUUAGCUGCGGACUAGGAGAAAACAAGUUAUACAUUCAAUGAAACCCACCGAGAGAGAGACUAGUACAAUGACUAGGAUGGAGGAAUGAUGGAGAGAGAAAGAGGGGGCUGCAAGCGUUACUUGAAGUUAGGGAAAUCAAUACUCAUGCCACUGGGGUGUAAGCUGUCGAAGCAAAAUUUGUGCUCCAAUUUGGGUUUGGCCUCAAUCUGACAUCAGAGGGGGCACAGGACAGAAAGGUCAGAAUGGGAAGGGGAGUUAAAGUGUUUGGCAACCAGGAGAUCGCGUAAGCCCAUGUCGUAUAGACCCAGUGUUUAAGAAGGAACUGCAGAUGCUGGAAAAUGGAAGGUACACAAAAAUGCUGGAGAAACUCAGCAGGUGCAGCAGCAUCUAUGGAGCGAAGGAAAUAGGCAACGUUUCAGGCCGAAACCUCGUAUAGACAGACCCAGCAUAGGUGUUCAGCAAAACAAUCGCCCAGUCAAUGUUUGGUCUCGCCGAUGUAUAAAAGUCCACACAUCGAACCACGGAAACAGUAGAUAUCGGACUUUGGGCUACUACUUGCAGACACCUGCUCUAGAAGAACAACCUCUCAGCAUCCAUACUCUCAGUGCCUUUCAAAGUCAUCAUAAAAAAUAAAGGUGCUGCCGAUUUAAAUUUAAACCAAAAAAAACAUUCAGCAAAUUUGGCAAUGAGAAGUUGCAUUAAUGUUCUGGGUUGAGGACUUAAUCUGACCCACCCCAUAGAGAGCAAGGAAUCCAAAAGGUAGACAAAAAUUCUGGAGAAACUCAGCAGGUGAGGCAGCAUCUAUGGAGUGAAGGAAUAACUUGAGUUACAACAAACCUUUAUGUCCAUAUGUAAGAUAAUUAUUUGCAGGACUCCCGAGGGAAAAAAAAUGGUCUUUGCGGACCUGGCAUGGACCUGAUGGGCUGAAUGGCCGUACAGUGUAUUCAUAAGUUCAUCUCGGGUCUGUUUACUUAGGCGAAUAUUAACUAUCCCAAUGUAACUAUUGCAAAGCAGAUAAUUAAACAAUAUAUGGGGAAAAAACACAAAUAAAUCUGAAUUGGACUCAGGAAUGCAAGCAGCAUCUGUGCAGAGAGAGAGAGAUACUUUUUAUAUUUGUGAAAAUCUUACUGAAAUAAAUCGCUCUGUCAGGCAAAAAAAUAGCUGCUUCGUUUCCAACCGCGCAACAGUGACUGGGAUGCUAUGUAUUUGACUGUACAGUUUGAACGAUCCAAUUUUAACAUAACAUUGUGACUUAUUCAAGCAAAUCUUCCUGCAGAAUCAAACGCUGUUUUGGCAUUAAUGUUGUGAAGCGGCAAUUCCUAUGUAAUAAUGUGCACAAUUAAUAUUUCUGGCGUAGCGAGUGUCCGCAUAUUCAACACCUGAAACGACCUCAAUGUUAUUCUUUGCAAUCUAAACCGAAAUUAAAUUGGAACCCAGAGCAUGGCCGAAACAAUCAGGAACGGAUAUUAUCCUUUCACAAUUAAGUUUUCGAAUUGAACACACGUCCCAAAAUACUUUCGCUGCAACUCGCUGUGCAAAUCCUGGAAACAAUUGGUACCUAAUCGCAUAUCCCAGCAUUAUGCCUUUGGUGUUGUUUUUGGUGCUGACAAAACAGAUAAAACCAAGAAGGGGCACUUCAGCUGACAUUUAAAGUGGUGUUUUAAACCUUAACUCAGGCAUUUGCAUUCUCCUUAUGGAUCUUUCCACAGUAGCGCUGUGAGAUUGACGUAACAUGUGCUGAAAUUUGGCUUUCAACCAAGAGCCCCUUACGUUUGUUGCUGCUUUACUGUGGGGAGGAGAGCACAAACGAGUGUCUCGCACUGACCUCCCGGCGGCCGCAACCAGUCACCUCGCUCAAGAUGUGAAUGAUGGCGAGAACCAGGGCUAUGGAGACCUCCCGGGGACAUAGCGUUUGCUGAAGAGACGAGGAGGUCAUGGGGACCGGCGAAGAAACCCUGGUCACCUUGAGUGGUGGCGCGCCCUGGGGUUUCAGGCUACAUGGAGGAUCCCAACAAAACAUGCCGCUUCGAGUCGCCAAGGUGCGGAAGCGAGGGAAAGCUUGUAGAGGUGGGCUACGUGAGAAUGAUACCCUCCUGACCAUCAAUGGAAGAUCUUGCAGUGGAAUUUCACAUGCAGAUGCAAUGAACAUCAUAGACUCUUCAGACGGGACUCUGCGCAUCUGGGUCAAGAGGAUUUCGUGCAGCCCGGCAACUGGCAGCUUUCAAUCUGAGACCAGCCCGGCCACCGCCCCCUGUGAACGGAGCCAAGAAACUUCAAAAGUCCCCGGGCUAAUGCGGGAGCCCCCCAGUGUGAAGGCAGAGGCAUCCCGCGGCACCAGCGGGCUCCGUGGCCAGCCGGAGUGCUACACAUCGCCCCCGGACAGCGAGGCGUAUUACGGUGAGACCGACAGCGACGCGGAUCACACGGCCAGCGAGAGGCAGCGGAGGCAGAAGAAGCGCUGGCCGGGUCCCAGAGCGCCAGUGCGGGGAUCGGCCGACGAGACGUCGGAGCAGAGCGAGUACGAUAGUGCCCCGGAGCCGGUGUGGAGCGACUGCCGCUCCCCUCUGAGUCCCCUGUCGCCGGAACCCGCAGCAUCCGCCUGUCUGGAUCAUCCCAGCCUCGCCCAAGGGGCAAUCCCGAGGAUGUUUCAGCCCAGGAAGGUGGAAGCCAAGAUUAAUAUCUGGCAGCCCAAAGUGGAGAUGGCUACUUACCCCAAGCCUGGUCUCGCCCACACUAUCCUCACCCCCAGCAGCCACACUCAGCCCACUCCCUGUUACCCUACCACCAACCCCAACUAUCCCAACUACCACCCCACCUACCCCAACACCAAACCCACCUACCCCAACCACCAA